AUGCUGCCUAUGGCGGCGGUUCUUUCGCUUUCACUAGCUCCGGUUGUACAGGCCGAAAAAUAUCUGAUGGUCUUUGGUGACUCCUACUCUACGACAGGUUUCUGGGCAGGAGGUGACCAACCUUCGUCAAGUAACCCAAUCGGAAACCCAGCCCUUCCUGGAACUACAACGAGCGGCGGGUACAAUUGGGUUGGACAUGUCACGGCUCAGCUCAACACAUCUCUCACACUGACCUACGACUUUGCUGUCUCGGGCGCGACGACCGACAAGGAUAUUGUCGAUUCUUACGCCAGCUAUUGCUUCGACGACCAAGUAGACCUAUUCGAAACUUAUGUCACUGCGCCAUGGAGUGCAAAUAACACGCUUAUUGCCGUCUGGAUGGGCAUCAACGAUGUUGGAGAAUCCUUCUGGGAUUACGUAGCUACGCCGCUCGAGAAAGUUAUGGAUCGAUACUUUGGACUUCUCCAGACGCUGUAUGAUGACGGCGCGACGGACUUCGUUCUGCUGAGCGUCCCACCAUUCGACCAAGCACCUGUGAUGGAAUAUGAAUCAGAGUCUAGCAUGGAAAACCUCCGGUCCAACAUUACCGCAUACAACGCAGCAUUGGAGACUCGCCUCACGACGUUCAAGGCAGCCAACAGCGGCGUCACGGCACAGGUAUUCAACACAACGCCUUCAUUCGAGACAGUGCUUAACAACCCAACGACUUAUGGGGCCUCGGACGCAACAUGUUACAACUCUGACGGAACAUCAUGUGUAUGGUACGACAACUACCACCCGGGAAUGGCCAUUCAGAAGUUGGUGGCCGAGGCUUUGGUCGAUGCCGUGCCGUUCUUUUCUAGUUAA